AUGGCGGUGGGCAGUGGCUGCCUGGGCCUGGUGGCCUGGCUCUUGCUGCUGCAGCUCGGGCUUGGUGAGGCCUGGGUGGCUACCGCCGCUCUCUCUAGUUCGCCUUUGCCCUCAGUGCGUAGUGAGGCCCCAGGGGCCAGCAUAUCAUCACCCCAUGAGGGGCCGUUGUACAAGGUGGACCACAAGGACGUCAAACCCACCAUGCCCUCCGCUUUCAUAUCGUUCACCUCAGUGCGUGGCCAACCCAUCCUGAAAAUCAUUGGAGGAAUGGAUGCUGAUGAGGGUAAGUGGCCCUGGCAGGUGAGCGUGCGGAUCAAACACAUGCAUGUCUGUGGAGGUUCCCUCAUCGACUCACAGUGGGUGUUGACUGCAGCGCAUUGUAUUUACAGCCGUAUCCGGUACAAUGUCAAGAUGGGAGAUCGGAGUGUCUACCAAAAAACCACAAAUUUGGUGAUUCCCAUCCAGAACAUCAUUGUUCACCCUGAGUUCUCAUCUGUGACUGUUAAAAAUGAUAUUGCCCUUCUCAAGCUCGAACACCCUGUGACGUUUACUGCUACUAUCCACCCUAUCUGUAUCCCUUCAGAAACUUUUUGAGUGAAAACUGGGACCCUGUGCUGGGUGACAGGAUGGGGCAAAACAGCACCAGGUGUGUCAGGAAUUCCGGCAGAAAUUCUCCAGGAGGUAGAGCAAAAUGUCAUCCUUUAUCAAGAAUGUAAUAAGAUAUUGCAGAAGGCCACAUCAUCUUCUAAGGAUGUAGUCUUUAAAGGGAUGGUCUGUGGUUAUAAAGACAAUAGUGGAAAGGGUUCUUGUGAGGGAGAUUCCGGAGGCCCCAUGUCCUGUGAACUCAAUGAAACAUGGGUGCAGUUGGGGAUUGUGAGCUGGGGCAUUGGCUGUGGUCGCAAAGGAUACCCUGGAGUUUAUACAGAUGUUAGCGUCUACAGCAAGUGGCUACGUGCAGUGGUGAACCAGGCUACCUCUUUGUAUCCAGUGGCUUUCCUCAUCUUAUUCCUGUGUUUGCUGACCUUGUGA